UUUCCAGCGCAGGUUUUGUAACCGAGACGUUCUGACCAAUCACGUCCCGAGUCUGUGUUCACGUGACGGUUUUUUUUUUAUGUAACAAACGGGUGUCUAUAAUGUGAAGGACCGCGGCAGCUACAGAAAUGUAUAGAAACGUUAACAGAAUAAAAACUAAAUCUCCAUAACAGUUGUCUAUUUAAUUAUUGACGCUAUAAUGUCUCUCCAGCCGCAAGUAGAGGACGCCCCGGAGGAGAAAAGCGCCUUUUUCAUCGGCACGGACUCGAAACACGUCUCGGAAGAAGAGGACCAUCAUCAGCUUUUAUUACAGAAAGUCAACGCGCUAGCAUCGGAAAACUACCUCACAGAAGCGAUUUACUGGUUUUCCGUGGCUAUGCGGUAUGGUCCCGUGCGACCUGAACAAUUAAACUCUUUCGUGGACUGUAUCCUUCGCAACUUUAAGACAAAGGCGGCGGUGCCAGACCCACUCUCGGGCCACAGACGGGACAACUCCGGGGGCGACGUGUUUGACUGUCCGAACUGCCAUAACUUUUUAGGUGAACCUAUGACCAUAGCCUGUGGACACACUUAUUGUAAAAGAUGUUUAUAUCGACGGCUGCUCUCCAAAUGUAAGUUGUGCAAUGAAGCCGUAAGGGGCGAGGAGAAAGCGAAUGUAAUUCUGUGCGGACUUUUAGACAAAUGGUUCCCCGACGAGUUGAAAAAGUCGAAAACAGUAUGUGAAGUGGACGAGCUGUGUAGAAACAAACGCUACCAAGAAGCUGUUUUGCUAGCAACCCACGUUAUCGAGUCAGACCCAGAGACGACAGAGGUGGCGCGACUCUCUCGCGCCGAGGCGUACACGGCCCUCAAACAGUACCGUCUGGCUUUGGCAGACAUAGAAUUUUGUCCUGGGUCCAGCUCUUCUGCUGAAUGUUUGUAUAGGAAAGCUAUGGUGCUACAUGAAAUGGGCCAGGUGGAUGAGUCUCUCCAAGUCUUCCUUCAGUGCCUGGCUGUGGACGAGGACUUUCCCUGUGCUAAGAGACAAGUGGAGAAGAUCUUGUGUGACUUGCUCUCUCCUGCUGGUGAGAAUGUGAAGGUCGGCCUGAGGGAAACUACACAGAACGCAUCACCUCACCUGCACAGUAAAACUAUUGUGGCCGAUGCCCAAGCUCACCCACAUAGCCCAGUCCAAAGACAACACCAAGACCAAGUCUGUGCCAACUCUGUAAACCACCAUCUGGACAACCAGGAGGAACACUGGGAAAGUCUGGAGCGCCCUGGUUUGAGCCGAGCUCAUUCGUUACGGAUGCAUGGCUCUAGCCAUGAUGAGGAGGGCCUGAAGAGAGUCUACUCUGCUCCUCAGCUGGGGGACCAGGAGAAAGGGAGCCUGCUGAAGAGAAAGUUGUCGUCAGACACGGAACCCUGUGUUGUGGACAGUGGAAGUAGCAAACAUAAAAAACAAGUCUUCAAACAACAGGCUGCCAAAAUUAAAACCUGCAGAAGUGUCCCCAAGGACCUGCUGGACCCCAGUGACUUGGAGUGCUCUCUAUGCAUGAGGUUGUUUUAUGAGGCUGUGACUACACCAUGCGGCCACACCUUCUGUAAAAACUGUCUAGAACGCUGCUUGGAUCACACACCCCAGUGUCCCCUCUGUAAAGAGAGCCUGAAAGAGUAUCUAGCAUGUAGGAAGUAUAUGGUGACAACUCUCCUGGACACACUGACCAAACAGUAUUUGAGUCAGGACUAUGCAGAGAGGACUAAAACCCAUCUGGAGGAGACCAGAGAGCUGUCUGAUCUCAUGAAGAAUGUGCCUAUCUUUGUGUGUACCAUGGCUUACCCCACCGUGCCUUGCCCUCUGCAUGUCUUUGAGCCACGUUACCGCCUCAUGAUUCGUCGCUGCAUGGACACGGGCACGCGGCAGUUUGGGAUGUGUAUUAAUGAUCCACAGAAAGGGUUUGCAGAUUAUGGCUGCAUGCUGAUCAUCAGGAGUGUCCACUUCCUCCCUGACGGGCGAUCAGUAGUGGACACAGUGGGAGGAAAACGCUUUCGGGUCUUGUCCCGAGGAGUAAAGGAUGGUUACAGUACUGCUGACAUUGAACACUUAGAAGAUACCAAGGUGGAGGACAAUGAUGAGCUGGAGAGACUACAACAGCUGCAUGAUGCAGUGUAUGAGCAGGCUCGUGUUUGGUUCCAGAACCUGAAGAUCCGCUUCCACAACCAGAUCCUGCAGCACUUUGGACCAAUGCCGGAACGCGAAGCUGACAUCCAGGCAACUCCCAAUGGCCCAGCUUGCUGCUGGUGGCUCCUGGCUGUCUUACCUAUUGACCCACGGUACCAGCUCUCCGUCCUCUCGAUGACCAGCCUCCGAGAACGCUUAAUGAAGAUCCAGCACAUCCUCACGUAUCUGCAGAGCAUCCCCAGCAACUAGAGCUUCCUCUUCUCACCACCAAAAACAUCCUUAAGACCUUAAAACAAUACUGAAGCAACCUCCUAUGAAAAUCUUGCCAACUUCUGUUUCUGCUGACAUCUGAUCAUUUAAAUGACCUUUUUGACAGCUGUUAGACCCCUUAUUCUACAUCUGUUUGUAUUAAGUCUACACAAGAUGAGAGCAAGGCUGAAACAUCCUUGAACCAGUGGAUCACUGAAAAAGAGAUAAGGCCGACCCAUCUCAGGAACACUUCCAAGGACACACACUACUUGUGAUUGUCAAAAAUGAUUUAAAAAGUAAGACAGAUAUGACAGCAGUUAUUUUGAUCUGCUCUCAUUCGUAAUGCAUUUCAUUUUCAUAUGAACUUUCUGAAGGAGAGAGUCGUGUACAGUAUCUAAGAAUGAUUUCUGAGUGUACCGUCUCUCAGGAUAGUAGUACUUCCAGUGCUGGCGUGAAGAGAGUCUGCACCCUCUCUGGUGAGACCAGUGUUUUUGUUUAUCUCCUGGCUUUCAGGUUUGUUUACAUGGAGAAGGAGGGGGGAUGUGAUCCUGUGGAACAAAAUCCUAAAUGCUGAAAGUCCAAACAGUGAUUGCAAGAUGUAAUGUGACUUCGAGGAACCAUUGAGAAGGGAUUUGUGCAAAACCCAGUGCAACUGAAGGCCGGUGUAUGUGUACUAGACGCCAAUGAAAAGCAUUCAUCUUUCCCAGGUAUUAAACUUUCUUCUUACGCAUUUCUCCCACAUGCACAACUGCUGCCACUAAGUAGUGGCAAAGGGAGCUUCCUGUUAAAAGACUGAGAUCUGUAUUUUCCCCCAGCUUUAUCCACUUUGAGUUACUUCAAAAUUGUCAUGCAGCAAUCUGCCAUUGUGUGCCUCCUGGACAUGAACAUGAAUUUGGAGGAACAGUCUUGACCCUGAAAUCUUAUAUUGAUUCUGUGCUUUUUAGAUGUUUGUUUCCCUCUCACAGCUCUGACCUUAAAUUUUAAGCCCUAUCUUCCAAAAUGUUUGUCAUGAUGCUGUAGAGAUCCUACUAGAGUGUGAGGCUUUUCCAAUGAAAAUGAAAGACAGCAGUUCUGUUUUUAAUUUCUCUCCUCAAAACUGAGAUGCAGUUUCCCAUUUAACACAUUUACACCGAAUUAAUUUAUAAAUUAAAAUAUAUGUGCAUUCUGGCUGUCUUUAUAUGAGAAAUUCUAAGUGGGAUUUUGAAAGAUUAUGAUAAAACGAGACAAAAGCAGCAUGUAUACCACCAGUGGGUUUGCAUUAUUCCUCAUUCAAAGCUGCUCUCAGUCUGCCUGCAGUGCUUCUGUCAGGACACUGCAUUUGCCUUACGCCAUUUUGCAUUGUGAUUUGGGGAAAAAAAAAACAAUAGCUUGAUUACCAUUCCUUUGUAUGAGUAUGAAGUAUGAUUUCAUUGUAUUUUUCCCCCUCAGUCUGAGGCACCAUAUGUUCACAAUGUGUAUAACAAUAUCUGGAAAAAAGUCUUAAAUGUUAAGCAUUUGUAGUAAAAAAAAAAAAAAAAAGCUUUUUGGACAGAUCAUGCUUUUUGUCAAAUGUUUUAAGUUAUCAGUAAUAAUAAAUGCUCCUUUUUUCAGUUUAA